AUGGGCAGUCUUUUCAGACGGAUCUUCAAGAAGGAGUCGGGGGAGGGGACGGAAGCAAAUAAAAGUGCAUCCGUGAAACCGGUUGAUAUGGUAGAACAACAAAAUGAAGUGUCGGGUUCUGCGUCUUCAAUCCUAAAGCAGUCAAAUACGGGUCCUUCUACUAUGAUCACUACUCCCUCCGAAAAGACACCCCAAACAGGACCGAACAGUGUCAACACUAAUACUGCAGUAGUGGCCGACCAAGAGACUGUUAUGCCGCCGAAUCCAACCCAAAGGGAUGUGAACAUUGAUGAAAAUGGAAUCACUUUGGUAUCUCUCUGGGACACAGCAUACGAUUUGCUCAAAGAGGAAGAGGAAACGCGCAAGUUACUUUCUGCCUAUGAGGAUCUGCUAUCUCGAGUCCCCAUCAAAGGCGACGUGACCUCCCCAUCGGCGCCAACUUGGGAGACGGACGCCAGCGAUGUCGAGAAUCGGAUCCCCCAGCAUGAUCCGGCCGCACGCCAAGGGAAAUUGAAAGAGAUAGCAAAGUCAGGCUUGCAGCAUAUGGAAGAUAAGAAGGUCAAGGUCACUAUCCUGGGUCAUGAGAUUCGUCUGCAGGACGGUGUGGGUCAGGUUGGGGAGGCUGUGGAUUGGGCUCAAACCUUCAUUAAGGAUGCGAUCAAAGAUGUGCCUUAUGCACCUGCUGUGAUGGCAGGUAUCUCGCUGGUCCUUCCGCUCUUGAAGAACCCGGCCGCUGUUGAUGAGGCAAACCGUCAGGGAUUUGCGUAUGUUACAUCGCAAAUGGGCUACUAUGCCGAAAUGGAAUCACUACUCCUACCUGAGGAUAUGAAGCCCGGAUUGAGGGCGGAUUUGACGACUCGUGUUCUUGACUUAUAUAAACUUAUAAUUGAGUUUCAGAUACGGAGUGUUGUGAGAUUCUAUCGCAAUUCGACCAAAAACUACUUCAGAAGUGUCAUCGACUAUGACGGCUGGAACGAUCAACUGGGUCACCUCAAAGAGAAAGAGGCAAGCCUCGCCCAGAAGUUCGAUACUAUUUUUUCCAGUGCAAGCUUGGAGCAGUUAAAGAAACAGGCUAAAGAAGCGGCAGCAUGGCGGCAGGCCCUGAAUGCCGACCUUCAGGAGCUUGUUUUCAUAUCUCGGAGGGCCGAGCAACGCUCGUCCGACGAUGAUUCCCGACGGUGGCUAAGCACUCUCCAGGUCACUGAUCCUAGUCUCGACAAACUUCGAAUUGAGGAAGAAAAGGGCGGUCUGCUCAGAGACUCAUAUUGCUGGGUGCUCGAUCAUGUCGAUUUUCAGAGGUGGCGGGACGCUAAACGCGGCCAGCUUCUGUGGAUCAAAGGUGAUCCUGGCAAGGGCAAGACAAUGUUGCUCUGCGGAAUCAUUGAUGAGCUAUCUAAGAUGGUUAUGCAUGAUAUCAAUAUUUCGUAUUUUUUCUGCCAGGCCACCAACAGUCGCAUUAACAAUGCUUCGGCAGUAUUGCGGGGACUUAUAUAUAUGCUUGUACGACAACAACCCUCACUUAUCACCCAUGUCCGCGACGGUCGAUUUGAGAGCGAGACUGCAUGGGUCGAAUUAUGCAAAGUUUUCACCAAUAUCCUUGAAGACCCACGCCUGGAAAGCUCCUAUCUGCUUGUUGAUGCACUUGACGAGUGCGCCGUGGACUUGGACCAACUCCUUGAUUUUCUUGUCCGGAAGUCAUCAGCUUAUUCGCGCGUUAAAUGGAUCGUUUCUAGCCGAAACUGGCCAAGUAUUGAAAAAGACCUCGACAGAACCUCGAAUUCAAAGCUAUGUCUUGAGUUAAACAGAGACACUCUGUCGGCCGCUGUGGAUUCAUUUAUCCGUCACAAGGUCAAUGAAUUGGCUGAGAGGAACAAAUACAAACCCGAGAUUCGAGAGGCUGUCCAUCAUCACCUAAAAGCGAAUUCAAAUGGUACUUUUCUCUGGGUAGCAUUGGUCUGUAGGAGACUCGCCAAGGUCGCAAGCAGGAAUGUUUGGGGGAAGUUGAAAGAUCUCCCGCCUGGUCUCGAUGAGCUUUAUAAGCGAAUGUUAAACCAGGUCGGUGAAACGGAUGACGCAGACCUUUGCAAGUCUCUUCUCUCUGUCACAAUGACCGUCUUUCGCCCUAUAACUUUUGAUGAACUAGCGUCUUGCAUCGACCUACCUGAAGAAGUUCUGGGCGACGAUGAGGCUCUGACAGAGAUAGUGGGGAAUUGUGGGUCAUUUCUGACCCAUCGAGAAGGCACAAUUUCCUUGGUUCAUCAGUCAGCCAAAGACUUUCUCCUUCGAGAAGCAUGUGGUGAGAUCUUUCCUGACGGACUAGAAAAGGUUCACUAUUCUAUCUUUUCGAAGUCAUUGCAAGUAAUUGCCAGGAAACUGCAACGUGACAUCUACGGCCUAUUUACCCCCGGAUAUCCGAUCGACCGGGUCAACCAGCCAGAUCCAGAUCCGCUAGCCGCGACAAGGUACGCGUGUGUCCACUGGGUUCGCCACCUAAACCAGUGCUCUCCUAGCAACAACGCGAUUGAAGACCUUCAGGACAGUGGCGCACUCGGGACGUUCUUGCGCCAGGACUACCUUCAUUGGCUCGAGGCUCUUGCCCUAACAAGAAGCUUAUCAGAUGGUGUAGCUUCGAUGCUAAGACUCGAGAGUUUGCUAAAGAAAACAACGGAGGACGCACAGCUAAUCAAUCGGGUUCGAGAUGCUUGUCGAUUUAUCCUGUACCAUAAAACAGCCAUUGAAAACCAGCCGCUUCAAGUAUACGCUUCAGGAAUGGUAUUUAGCCCGACUACCAGCAUAACAAGGAUUCAAUUUGAAAUGGAAGAGCCAAUGUGGAUAAGGGAAAGACCGACGAUGGAAGAGAGCUGGAGCGCAUGCCUACAGACCCUCGAGGGCCAUAGCGACUUGGUCCUCUCGGUCACAUUCUCCCAUGGUUCUAAGCUCCUCGCCUCGGCUUCCCACGAUCGCACCGUAAAGGUGUGGGAUGCCAACAGUGGCCAAUGCCUCCAGACCCUCGAGGGCCAUAGCGACGAGGUCUCCUCGGUCACCUUCUCCCAUGAUUCUAAGCUCCUCGCCUCGGCUUCCCACGAUCGCACCAUAAAGGUGUGGGAUGCUAGCAGCGGCCAAUGCCUCCAGACCCUCGAGGGCCAUAGUAACGAGGUAUUCUCGGUCACUUUCUCCCAUGAUUCUAAGCUCCUCGCCUCGGCUUCCAGUGACAACACCGUCAAGAUGUGGGAUGCCACUAGCGGUCAAUGCCUACAGACCCUCGGGGGCCAUAGCGACAAGGUCUUCUCGGUCACUUUCUCCCAUAAUUCUAAGCUCCUCGCCUCGGCUUCCGGUGAUAACACCGUUAAGAUAUGGGAUGCCACUAGCGGUCAAUGCCUCCAGACCCUCGAGGGCCAUAGCGACGAGGUCUUCUCGGUCACUUUCUCCCAUGAUUCUAAGCUCCUCGCCUCGGCUUCCAGUGACAACACCGUCAAGAUGUGGGAUGCCACUAGCGGUCAAUGUCUACAGAGCCUCAGCCAUAGGAGCUGGGUCUACUCGGUUACUUUCUCCCAUGAUUCUAAGCUACUUGCCUCGGCUUCCGAAGCUUCCACCGUCAAGGUGUGGGAUGCCAGCAACGGCGAGUGCCUACAGACCUUCGAGGGCCAUAGGAGCCCUGUCUACUCUGUUGGCUUCUCCCAUGAUUCUAGGCUCAUCGCCUCAGCUUCACAAGAUCGCACCGUGAAGGUGUGGGAUGCUAGCAGCGACUAUUGCCUACAGACCUUCGACGGCCAUAGGAUAGCGGUCUCCUCGGUCACCUUCUCCUAUGAUUCUAAGCUUCUCGCCUCAGCUUCAUACGAUAGCACCAUCAAAGUGUGGGAUGCUAGUAGUGGCCAAUGCCUCCAGACCCUCAAAGGCCAUAGCGGCGGGGUCCUCUUAGUCACCUUCUCCCAUGAUUCUAAGCUCCUCGCCUCGGCUUCCCGCGAUCGCACCAUAAAGAUAUGGGAUGCUAGCAGCGGCCAAUGCCUCCAGACCCUCGAGGGCCAUAGUAACGAGGUAUUCUCGGUCACUUUCUCCCAUGAUUCUAAGCUCCUCGCCUCGGCUUCCAGUGACAACACUGUCAAGAUGUGGGAUGCCACUAGCGGUCAAUGCCUACAGACCCUCGAGGGCCAUAGCGACAAGGUCUUCUCAGUCACUUUCUCCCAUGAUUCUAAGCUCCUCGCCUCGGCUUCCGGUGACAACACCGUCAAGAUGUGGGAUGCCACUAGCGGUCAAUGUCUACAGAGCCUCAGCCAUAGGCGCUGGGUCCACUCGGUUACUUUCUCCCAUGAUUCUAAGCUCCUCGCCUCGGCUUCCGGUCACAACACCGUCAAGAUGUGGGAUGCCACUAGUGGUCAAUGCCUACAGACCCUUCAUGUUGAAGAUGUCACUAUAAAAUCAUUCGGCAGUACCAACUCAUGUCUUGAAACUGAUAACGGUACACUCUGUUUAACUUUAGUUUCAGAUAAAGGACCGACCAACACCACCGGCCUGGAAGUGCCGCGAUUUGAAGGUUAUGGUAUAACUUCCGACGGCACACAUAUCACUUGGAACUCAGAGAAUCUGCUAUGGUUACCAUCGGAAUACCGCCCACAUCAUAAUUCUGCUUUCGCUGUGUCACUAUCGACAAUAUGUCUUGGUUGUUCUUCCGGGCGGGUGCUAUUCUUCACAUUUGAUUCGGCAAGGCUACCGCAUUUUCUUGCUAGACACUGA